UUCGGCUCACUCUAUCCGUUGCUACAGCAGAAGAGAGUUGGUGUGAUUCUAGCGCAUGGUUAGUGCGGAGUUCUACUGAGGAGAUCAUAGAGAUAUUUUCUGAUAUAAACCUGAAUUGAACAUAAUAUCAUAAAUCUGGUUUCAAAUAAGGAUAUUCUUUAAUAUUUUGUCGCUGAAAAUGUGGUUGAAGUCGCUGGGUGUGGUAGCAGUGCGAACAGAAAUCCAGAGACAGAGCUCGCUUCGUAAAAUAUGUCGAACAUUUGCAACCCAGUUGAGUGAACCUCAAGGACCAUCCGUUAAGACUGAAGUGCCCGGACCCAAAUCGAAGGCUCUGCUGCAGAAGUUAAACUCCCUUCAGAAUGCCGGCUCCGUUCAACUGUUUGCCGACUACGAGCGAUCGUAUGGAAACUAUUUGCAAGACAUCGACGGAAACGUACUGUUGGACAUCUAUAUGCAAAUUUCAUCCAUCCCGCUGGGAUACAAUCAUAAGGAAAUGCUGAACGUGUUCAAAAAUGAUCACAAUUUGACAACUCUCGUAAAUCGUCCCGCCUUGGGUGUUUUCCCUGGAGAGGAGUGGCCAAACAAAUUGCAGAAUGUGCUGAUGGCCGUCGCACCGGCAGGUUUAGAUCACGUUACCACAAUGAUGUGCGGAUCAUGCUCGAACGAGAAUGCUUUCAAAAAUAUUUUCAUUUGGUAUCAAAAGAAACAGCGCGGUGAAGCAGCUCCAUUCACCCAACAGGAGAUCGAUUCCUGCCUUAUCAAUCAGAUUCCAGGGGCACCGAAGCUAAGCAUCCUGAGUUUUCUAGGUGCCUUCCACGGGCGCACGCUGGGUUGUUUAUCGACCACUCACUCGAAAUAUAUCCAUAAGAUUGAUAUUCCGUCAUACGAUUGGCCGAUCGCCCCGUUCCCCAAGUAUAGAUAUCCUCUCGAAGACAAUGUCCGUGAGAAUGCCCAGGAGGAUGCACGUUGUUUGGCCGAAGUGGAAAGUUUGAUUGAAUUGUAUGCGAAAAAGGGAAUCCCCGUGGCCGGUAUUAUUAUUGAGCCGAUUCAGAGCGAAGGAGGUGAUAACGAGGCUUCGCCGGAAUUCUUCCAGAGUCUGCAAAAGAUCGCCAAAAAGCAUGGCAGUGCUCUGUUGAUAGAUGAAGUUCAAACUGGUGGUGGUCCAACGGGUAAAUUGUGGUGCCAUGAACAUUUUAACCUGGAAAGCCCACCAGAUGUGGUCACUUUCAGUAAGAAGAUGCAAUUGGGUGGGUACUAUCAUGGUGCUCAUAUGACUCCGUCUCAACCGUACCGUGUGUUCAACACCUGGAUGGGCGAUCCAGGCAAAUUGCUACUGUUGGAGUCGAUUUUGAAAGUUAUCAAGCAAGAGUCGCUGCUGCAGAAUGUCCAAAAGGCGGGAGCCAAACUGAAGAAGGGGUUGAUCCAAGCUCAGAACGAUUUCCCCCAUAUGCUUAACUCUACCAGGGGCAGAGGAACGUUUUUGGCCAUUAACUGUUCCAAUACAAAGCUGCGCGAUGAUGUUGUAGCUGCUUUGAAACAAAAAGGUAUUCUAUCUGGUGGCUGUGGAGAACUAGGCAUCCGUUUCAGACCGGCUUUGAUAUUCGAGGAGAAACACGUCGAUAUCUUCCUGGAUAAAUUUAAUCAGGUAUUGAAAGAGGUUAAAUAGGCUGAAAAUAUGAAUUCACAAAUUCCUAGUGGAUAGCUAGCAGUUGAGCAGUUACAAAGCGUCAGUUGGCUAUAACCAAGAAACGCCAUUACGAUUUAGGUAUAUCCUUGCACAAAAAAUAUUUGCCGCCAUAAUUACAUAAUGGCCAUUAUAGUUUUGUUAUAACAAUAAUAAUGAUAUUCGAGCGUCAGUUACUAUGUUUAAAGGAUUAGCGCGAGCUACUCAUGACAUUGCCAUUGAAUAGAAAUGAGAACAUUUGUCUUCCGGAGAAUUGUGAUUUGAUUAAAAUUGAUGUCAAAUAUUUGUGAAAUGUUACCGUGUCGAGAGCAAAUAGAUAAAUGUUGUCAGUCAA